UAACGGUGGGAGAGUGGUUGAAGGGGCGCGGUAUAUAAGGCAGCCAGCGGAGGAGCGCGCCUCAGUGAACGGUUGGGUCGGAGAGUCACCAUGACAAGUAUACGAGUUGCGGCGUUAGCCCUUGCCCUCCUUGGCAUCGCAUCCGGAGAAAUAGUGAAACGUCAGGCGGCUACCGUGAGCGAACCCACUGAAGAUGAGGCCGACGCCUUCACCAAAGAGUUGUGUCGAGACAAGGGCGCAGGAGAAUGGUUCAGGCUCGAUUUGAAUGAUUGCCGUGACGUCAUCCAGUGCACAGAGGCAGGUCUCCAGGCGCUGAGAUGCCCCCACGGUCUGGCUUUCAACCUGGAAUUGCAGACCUGUGACUGGAAGGACAACGUCAAGAAUUGUAACCAGAAGGAGAAGAAGAGGGUCGUCAAGCCCCUCCUCAACACCGUCGAGCCUCUUUGCCAGGAGAACCAGCUGGCCUGCGGUGACGGAACGUGCAUUGAUCGAAUCCUGUUUUGCGAUGGCAAAUUUGACUGUGCCGAUGAGUCCGACGAAAACACCUGUGACAUCAAGAGUGAUCCCAACAGCGCACCCAUUUGCAACCCUGAUGAGUGCCGCAUCCCCGACUGUUUCUGCUUCAAUGAUGCCAGCGAGAUCCCCAACAACAUGGACCCUCGUGACGUACCCCAGAUGAUUACCAUUACAUUCGACGACGCUAUCAAUAUUGAAAACAUCGAUCUUUACCAAAUCAUUUUCAAAGACCGCUUCAACCCCAACGACUGUACCAUCAAGUCGACUUUCUUCGUUUCCCACAAAUACACAAAUUACUCCGCUGUGCAGGAAAUGCAUCGUCUUGGUCAUGAAAUUGCCAUCCAUUCCAUCAGUCACAGCAACAACGAAACAUUCUGGACCAAGGCUUCCCUCGAUGAAUGGGAGCGUGAAAUGGCAGGUGCCCGUGUGAUUGUAGAAAGGUAUGCCAACAUUACCGACUCCUCUGUGAUUGGUCUCAGGGCUCCUUACCUACGUGUGGGUGGCAACAACCAAUUCGGUAUGAUGGAGAAGAACGCCUUCCUGUACGACUCCACCAUGACUGCCCCACUUCAGAACCCCCCUCUCUGGCCUUAUACCCUGUACUACCGUAUGCCCCACACUUGCCAUGGUAACCUCCAAAACUGCCCCACCCGUUCCUUCGCAGUCUGGGAAAUGGUCAUGAACGAAAUGGACCGUCGUGAAGAACCAACAAUUGAAGAAGACUUGCCCGGAUGUGCUAUGGUGGAUUCUUGCUUCUCCAACAAGCCAACAGCUGAUCAGUUCUACAAAUUCCUGGUGAACAACUUCGACCGUCAUUACAACACCAACCGUGCCCCAAUGGGUCUCUACUUCCACUCUGCCUUCCUGAAGAACGACCCAGAAAUCUUGGACGCCUUCCUCUUCUGGUUGGAAGAGACCUUGGCCAACCCCGAUGUCUACUUUGUCACAAUGACCCAGGUCAUCCAAUGGAUGCAGGACCCACAGCCAGUCAGCGGCCUCAAGAACUACGAGCCCUGGAAGGAGAAGUGCAACGUAGCUGGACCCCCAUACUGCUAUGGCGGCACCAACUGCGAACUCAACACCGACGAACUUCCCAGUGAGACCCUCCGUCUGGCCACCUGCAUGCGAUGCCCCAACAGGUAUCCUUGGCUACUGGAUCCCUUGGGAGAGGGUUACUUCUAAGAGCACUGCCGCUGCAUUAAUGCUGUCGCCCUGUCCCCUCCUCUCCCACGGGGACAGUUGUGCUCACCUGUAAAUAUAUUGUUUUAUAAUUUGUACAUGAUCGUGUCCAGGCAUGCGUAGCCUCAUUCCUAACUAAGUAGUGGUUGGCUGGUCAGGGGCGCGGCGGCGGCGGCGGCAACACCACCACCACCACCACCGCCGCCACUGAGGCUGAGGCGUCCGGUUUAUUGUGAUGAACUCUGCACUACGGCCUCUAAAGCUGAUGCUGCUGCUGCUGCUGUUGGUGCUGCUGCUGCAGCUGCCUUUCCUGCCGCUUCCAUGACAGGCCGGAGCUCAUAUUGACAAACUACUCCAAACCCCCCCCGAGUAACCCCUGAAAUCACUGCCGGGGUUGAGCUGGGGCUGUUCCCCCCGCCCACCCUUGCGGGAGCCCAACACCCUCCCCCUUUAACUCUCAUCUCCUCCAAGGGUAUGCCGCAGGGGUCCCUAUCAUAUUUAUUAGACCUGGAGGGGCCCACAUCACCUUUUUCUCUAAUUUUCUCCGCCCCCUUAAAAAUAACAUAAAAACAUCACCACCAACCAGGCGGGGGCCAUCUGACAGUGCCCCCACCACCUGAGCACAUUUUUUGAGAUUUAACAUAGCUGUGAUGAUCGUUUAGAAUUUUAGCGUCACUUGUUUUUACCUUCCAUAUUAUGUUUAAAUGUUACCCAAAUAAAAAACAUUAUUCCU